CGACAUGAGUAAGUUGUUGGUGCGUCAAUUUCCCCACCCAAAGCAAGUGCAAUAACGAGAGCUGCUUGCCAUGGCUAGCCAGCGUCGCGCAAUCUGCUGGGCAUAAAUUUGUCCUCGAUCCCAUUCUUGUUUAAAAUCAAAUCGGCAACGGCUUGUGUUCAUCACUAGGGCGCCUGCGCGCCUCUGAGUCGAGUCGACGACUCUCCUACUCGCGGGAGUGCUAGGGGCUUAUUGCUAUAUCUCAUCUUUCCUGUGAGCUGAAGCAGAUCAUCGCUCCCGAGUGUCCGUGGGCAAUCGUCGAUCGACUGAUCUCGAAUAGCUUGCUCACGAUCUCAUGUUGAGGUUUUACUUUGCUUUUGUCGAGGGCUUUUGGAGAGAGAGAGAUGCGGUGUAAGUGUCGGACUUACUUUUUGAUGAUGGGAACAACGGUGACGGACUUUUGACCGAGAGAGGGCUCUCAUCAGGAAGUCAAGGUUUGAGCUUCCAUCUUCUGUCCGAAAACCCUUACGCAAAGCAAAUCAAAGCAAAGCAAGAUGUGGACAAGCCGGCGAAUGAUGGUCGUAGACGUGAUGUCCAUGCUGGCAUCUGUGGGAAUUUGGUCGUUGCUGUUGGGAGGGGCUGCAGGUUACUCUCCUGCAGGUGAAGUUCGGUACAAGGAUAGCUGGUGCAGUCGAAGUCAAUACGAGAGUCCCUCAGAAUAUGAAACGGUCUUGAACAAGUUGCUUGCUGAUCUUACCGUGCUCGUUGCUGGAGAUGCAGAGGAUAUUUGGGCGACCUCGGGGUUCGGCCUGUUCGCCACAGGGGCUUGCAGUGUCCAGGACUGGUCCAGUUGCGCUGCUUGUCUCUCAUUUCUCAGCACCAAUAUUGGGACAUGGUGUCCUCGCGCGAAAACCGCUCGGGUGACUUUGAACGACUGCGAGAUGGAAUAUGCCUUCGAAUACAGAACCGCCCUGGACGAUGAGGAAGCCAUUUUCUUAACUACUCGAAAUCCAGUCGAAAUUGAACUCUUCGAGUGAAAGCCACUGUCAAAAUCAUCAAAUAUAACAAUGCGAAAGUCUUCCUUGUGAAAUACUUGUUGGCAGCCACAAUAUCAGGUACUGAAGAAGAUCAGUCCGCAUGUAUCUCGCGAAGCGUACGACGGAUAGGCAUGUUCACUUUAUUUCUGAUGGGGACUGCGCCAUUUCAACUUGAGAAUCUGCAAGGUAGGUACUUCGAAUUCAAAAGACCUAUACCAGGGUUCCAGUCAAAAGAGAUUCUGCUGUCAAGGUACUACGGGAUUCUUGCAUGUAUGUAUCCGCAGGUACAAGCACAAUCUGUCCGGUUACUAGAUUGGGACGAGACUGCCCUGCGAAUUCUUCAUUCUUUCGCCGUGUACUUGGUGAUCUUUUUGCAAAGAAGAUAUAC